AUGCUUCCCUCUUCCCCCACGUUUUCGAGAUCGGUUUCUGCCAUAUCACCCUCCUUAUCCGCCACCUUGGCACCCACCACCGCCUCAAUCUCCACCGCCUUAACGGCCCCUUCAGCCACGCCUCCCCGCUUUCUCACUCCCCCGGCCUCCUGGCCCCUCCUCCCCUCCCCAGACCCGCCUGCUGCUCCAGUUCGCCCCGGCCCCCUCUUCCUCACUGGGCUCAAUUUUACUCUCGCCACAUCCUUCUUCCUAACCAGCUUUCCUCUUCCCCAAUUUCCUCGCCUCUAUCCUUCCCCCUGUCUACCCGCUCCCCUGCUUCUCCCAACCCCUUUCCAGGCCCCUCUCCCCUUCCCCCAGUUUCUCUUCGCCCUCGUCUACCUGCCCUCUCCCAUCCGCGCUGUUGUAGGCUUCGUGCCUGCCAAUUUUUCCCCCCCACCCAGUCUACUUCCCCUCCCCACGUCCAGGCCUUACGGAUUUCCCUGCUCGCUCAAAGCCUGCCCCCGCCUAGCUAUACUCCCAGCCUCCUUUCGUCUCUUCCUCUCCCUUCCACCUUCCCUUGUCCCCACUCCCCCUCGCUCCCUCAUCCCCUGUUGUCUUUGUUUUUCGCCAACCCUCAUCACUCUGCUAACCAACCUUGUCUUCUCCCCCUUGCCCUGCCCCUGCCUUAUCCCCCUUCUGCUCACCUCUUGUACUCGAUCUGUCCCUCCCCUUCCCCCUACCCGCCUCCACUGUCUCCCCGCCUUCUUCCUCCCACGCUUCCUUCUCACCUUCUACUCCACGACUGCCCCUCCCCUUCUCCCAUCCUGUUUUCACACCAACUCAUCGCUCCGCAUAUGUUCGUUCUCACUUUCGCUCACCUUAUACCCCCUCCUUACCUCACCCCGCCGUCCCUUUGUGCCCACCCCAUGCCCCCCCGCUGCCCUUCCCCCUGCUUCUGUCCACCUCCCUUCUGCCCUGACUGCCUCAGGAAACCUUUUGGGAACCCACGCCGCUCCCACUGCCUUCCGCAACGAUCCUGGCCUCCCCCUCAUCAGCCUGGACGACAAGGUCGAACGCUGGACCUGCGCGCUCUGCGAUUUUAUUUGCGGCCCGGCCCUCCACAUCGCAAUCACGCACAUCCAGUCGGACUGCCACUCCACCCGCGUGAAAGCGCUGACUCAUCGCCCUGCAGCCAAGGUCACUUAUGGCCCCUGGCGCGCGCUUACCUUCCUGCAGAAGCCCGAAGUGAUUGCCUUUCUCAAUGGCUGA